AUGGCUUUCCUCACGCAGCUGAGGGUGCCAUCAGUGGCAGCCCUCCUCGCUGCAAUAGCAUUGCCAUGGCUAGAUACAGUCAGCGCACAGAAGAGCGCGGCGGACUACUUCGUCCACGCACUGCCCGGCGCUCCCGCGACCCCCUUCAUCAAGAUGCAUGCUGGACACAUCGAAGUAACACCGGAGCACAAUGGAAACCUUUUCUUCUGGCAUUACCAGAACCAACACAUCGCUAAUAGACAACGGACGGUCAUCUGGCUAAAUGGCGGCCCCGGGUGUAGCUCCGAGGACGGCGGCCUGAUGGAGAUUGGCCCCUAUCGGUUGAAGGACGACAAGACUUUGGUACUGAACGAUGGAUCAUGGCACGAGUUUGCGAACCUGCUCUUCGUCGAUAACCCUGUCGGCACCGGGUUCAGCUAUGUUGACACCGACUCAUACGUCACCGAGCUCGAUCAGAUGGCCGACCAAUUUGUCACGUUUCUUGAGAAAUGGUUCGCCCUUUUCCCUGAGUACGAACAAGAUGAUAUCUAUAUCGCCGGUGAAUCCUACGCUGGACAGCAUAUCCCUUACAUUGCGAAGCACAUGCUUGAACGAAACAAGAAACCUGGUAUCGCACACCAGUGGGCCUUGAAGGGCCUCCUGAUCGGCAAUGGAUGGAUCUCCCCGCCAGAACAAUACGAAGCGUAUCUUGAUUUCGCGUACGAGAAGGGCAUCGUCAAGAAGGGCAGCGAGACGGCCAAGAAGAUCGAGGUGCAGCAUAGAAUCUGCCAGAAAGACCUUGCCGUCGACAGCAACAAGGUCGAUCAUGCGUCCUGCGAAAAUAUCCUGCAGGACAUCUUGCAGUACACAACCACUGGCGGAUCUGAUGGAAAACAAAAUUGUGUCAACAUGUACGAUGUGCGACUUACAGACACCUACCCCUCGUGCGGUAUGAACUGGCCGCCGGACUUGGUGCAUGUGACCCCUUAUCUGCGCAGGAAGGACGUCGUAGAGGCCCUCCACAUCGACCAGGCCAAAAACACGGGCUGGUCAGAGUGCAGUGGAUCCGUGGGCAGUCACUUCAAGGCAUCUAAUUCGGUUCCGGCUAUCAAAUUUCUCCCGGACAUCCUGAAAGAGGUUCCUAUACUUUUGUUUUCUGGCGCGGAGGACCUGAUCUGCAACCACCUUGGCACCGAGGCCUUUAUUGGCAACAUGGAGUGGAACGGCGGAAAGGGCUUCGAGCUGUCGCCCGGCACGUGGGCCCCACGCAGGGAGUGGACCUUCGAGGGAAAGGUCGCGGGCUUUUGGCAGGAGGCACGGAACCUGACAUACGUCCUAUUUUACAACAGCUCCCACAUGGUGCCCUUCGACGUUUCGCGCCAGUCGCGGGACAUGCUGGACCGUUUCAUGGGCGUGGACAUCAGCAGCAUCGGCGGCAAGCCCACGGACUCUUAUCUGGACGGCGAAAAACUGCCCGAGACAUCUGUCGGCGGCACGGCUGGCAACAGCACCGCGUCGCAGGAGGCUGAGAAGGAGAAGCUCGAGGCAGCCAAGUGGUCAGCUUACCAACGGUCAGGCGAGAUCAUCUUGGUGAUCGUGUCGGUGGCAGCCGCAGCUUGGGGAUACUUCGUCUGGAAGGAGCGUCGGAAGAGGAAGGGCAUGGGAUACCUUGGUCUCUCUCAGGGCAGCUCCAUUGGCCUGCAGACCAGCCAGAGGCGGGACUUCCGCAGCCGAGGGGCAACGAACGCUCGGGAUCUCGAGGCUGCUGACUUUGACGAGGCGGAACUAGAUGAUCUCCAUGUCGAGUCGCCUACAGUAGAGGGCCACGAAGAGGGUGUCCUAGGGACCGAGAGGAGGUACAGCCUGGGCGGUGACAGUGACGAUGAGAGCUCCAGCGGGGCGAAGAAGGAGGCCAGCGGGAAGAGGGCGCGUUAA